GCAUUAGCUGUUUAAUUCUUACCUCGAUGUCGAAGGAACCUACAAGAGCGCAGCUCUCCUCAAGGCUAGCAUAUAAUGCAAAGACACCCGCUUUUCUACUUAAACUACAAAAGCAAGUCGGUGUAGGCGGAAGAGACUCGGAUGAAGAUGAUGAAUGGGAAGAUGAUGGCUCUGGACGACCGCCCAUUCCUAAACGUCCUACGAUACCCGAACGACCUGCAGAUGAGCCGGACAGCGCGGGUGAAGAUGAUGUUGAUGAGAAGCCUCAGGUGGUUGUAUUGAAGGAAGGAAAGCAUUUAUCCGAGAGAGAAGUUGAGAAUGAGAAGCGGAAAGCUAAGGGACUGCCACCUCUUUCUGAGACAGGUGAAGUGCCAGGUUUUGGAGAACCUGGUGCUUCGUCUCUAUCAUCGUCCAAGAGCCAGAGUACUGGACUUUCAUUUUCAUCUUCCUUCAGUGGCGUGAAGACUGGCAAGAAGCGCAAGGCUGUCGGAGACGGUAAAGAUGAAGAUGAUAAACCGAAAAGCUCCAAGGGAGGCAAGAAAGCUAAGAAGGCGGAGAAGAAGUUAUUGUCCUUUGCUGACGAAGCAUAAUCUACGUUUGCUGUUUAAGAGUAUGCCAUCACGAUGGUCUGAUAGUCCGCUACAGAUCAGACACGACUCGGUCCGCAAUCGCAUAGCUCGAAGCGCGAGGGCACUGGCAGGUGCGCGUCGUAGUGCAUAACAGCAUUGUGUAGGACACGCUCGCAUGCGGAAGCUUCAGGUAGCCAUUCUUUGAGAACGAGGGGCUGGACGACCCGCCUUCGCACGAAUGCGGCGAGCUGUUGUGAUCCUGCGUAUCGUCGCGACCGCUGAGCCAGCACAUCCCACUAUUGCACGAUUCGGGUUCAACGGAGGAUGUCAGCAUGUCACGGAGGUAGCGAGAGUAAAUCGUGAAACUUCAGUAGUAUCCCUGCUGCCGCUGCGAGGUCGAGUCUCAUGAAUGUAUGACAAUAUAUUGUUGCGGGUUAAGCUAUUUCUGUU